GAAUCCAUCACCACCUGUCAUCUGUCACGUAGUCACUGAUGGCGGACCAUCGACAGUGCGCGCUUUCGGUUUCAGACGUGUACGAAACUGCUGUAGCUAUAGGACGAGAAUUCCAGCAGACGAUUGACUUGUACGGCGCUGCCACCGUUGACAAGCUCCUACCAAAAGUGCAACGAGCACUCGAGCAGUUGGAGAUGCUAGCAGAGGCGAGCGAGCACAGCUCGUUGGAAAUCGGCGGCAUGCGCAUUGAGGUAGACGGUUUGAAAGGUGAACUGGAGAGAGAAAAGCGAAAAACAGGACAAGAAGCUGAGGAUGUGAAAGAAGUUGUAGGAAAUCUCGAGCGAGAAAACAGAGCUUUGCGUGCUAGGUUGGAUGAAACGGUGGGUAGUAAGAGUGCCGACAAUGCAGACGUGCAAGGUGAUGACGAUGAUGAUGGAGCAGCAGCACGUGAAAUCGAGGAGUCAUUGCAAAAGUUAAGCCUGAGACUGUUGGGAUCAAGCGACCAGUUGAAGUCUAAAGACAGAGAGAUUGCGUUAAAAAACGAAGACAUUCUGGCACUGGAGUCACAGAUCAAACGACUAGCUGGUGUAAACCAAAAUUUACGAAGAGAAGUUGCUUUGGUAAAGGCACGGUAUCAAACUUUGAAUGAGGCUAAGGCAGCAGUGGAGCUGCAGUUGGAAGUGGCUAGACAAGCUACAACAAAGGCAGAGGAAGAGCUGCAAAGGAGAGCCGAAGAACAAUCUGAAACAAGUGAAGGUACGGAGAUUAGUUGUAAUGCUGAUAGGAAAGACAGUACAGCAAGUAUGGCGAACAAGAAGAAUGACGACAAUGAUAAUGCAGACGUAAACAGGCCUCGUUUUACACUGGAAGAGUUACGAAGUGUUAUCACUGACAGAAAUGACUGGAAAAUAAAGGCAGAAGAAUUACAAGAAGAAAUCGACUUUUUGAAGCAAAGCAUAUCACCCGAUGUUGACAUUGAAUGGCCAGAAGAUGAAGAUUCAAAAAGACGUGAAAUGCUUAAAGAGCCACAACGCAGGUCGUCUACAUCCACAUCACAGAGAUGUGAAGACGACAGGACAGCAGAGAUGGCACUCGACAGCAUGGAAAUGAAAACCUUGAAAAGCAAGGCAGAUGUCAAUGCAUCGGGAGUCAAACAAAUCUUUCAGGCAGUUGGUGAGGUCGGUCACAAGAAUGGUAUACAAGCAACGUAAGGUUGUAGAAAGUGACGUAAGUACAAGAAACACAAUAAGCAGUACACCAUCUACAUUUACAUUUACAACUAUUGCAAUUUUGUAUUAAAUUAAGAUGAUGCCAUCUAGUAGUAGUAGUAGUAGUAGUAGUAGUAGUAGUAGUAGCUACAAAGAGUUGUAGGAUAUUUGUUAAUUAAUUACAAGUCCCAGUGGAUUGUUA